AUGUCCUUGCGGCGUGUGCCGCCCAUCAUGCGUCGGCAGUGGGGCCCACUCCGCCUCGAAUGGUUCGCCAGGCUUUUCUCUUAUGCCUGCGACAAGAACGGUGAUCGCCUGGCGCAGCUCAUGAUGCACCUGAUUGAGGGCGACAUCCAGGGCCUUUUUCCCGCAGACCUCCCCAGGUGGAGGGCGCGGCAAGAGAAGCACAUCCCCACCAUCGACCGGGAUGGAUCCUUGGUCCGGCAGCUUCGCGAAGGAAGCAUCCUGCCACACAGGGGAGUCCAAUGUCUGGAACCUGGCAAGGAUGGCAAGGUGGGAGUUCUCUUUGAGGGAGAAACUCACCAUCGGGAAUUCUCGGCUGUGGUUCUUUGCACUGGCUACCGGACGAGCCUCGAGUCUCAGGGAGCUUUGUCGCGAGAUGCGGUGCGUGCGCGGGCGUUCUUCGUCGGCCUGGGGCCCGAACAGCGCGACCUGCUCCCGUUGCAAGGAAUCGGCCGAGAGGCUCAAAAGACCGCGGCGCUGGUGGCGGACAUGCUGGGCUUGAAGAUGCGCCAAAGUGGCCAAAGCAGUUCUUCGAAGCCAGGCUACGAAGGCUACGAACAUGGGGCCGGCGCUGGCCCUGAUAAGGACGGGAAGGACAAGGACCUGUGA